GGAAACGGCGAGUUGAGAGAUAUCCGGCUAUGGAUGUAUGUGUAUGGGGCGCAGGUUUUAACGGGUUCAGACAAAUUUCAGAACAACAGCAGCAUGACAGUGUUGCCUCAGUCCCUCAAAUUAUUAAGUCCACACGCUGCAUUUUACAAAGCAGCAUUUCCUGGUCUCAUUUGGCAUUCCUUGAUGGUAAUGGGAACAUUUCCACUUCACCAUUAAUGGAGAAAGUUGGGACUGUAAAAGUUAGCAAUGGAGAAGAUGAACACAGUGAAAAUUCAACUUGUAGGAGUUUAGCAUGUUUAAACAACCAGAUAGUAGCUCUACUUAAUGAUGGUAGUAUCAAAAUACUGACAUCUUGUGGCCUGAAGUAUGUGAGCUUUGGUGAAACAGAUGUCCUCGUUAAUAGUAAGUUUAAACAGCCAAAUAGCACAGUAUCUACAGAGAGCAUCCACGGUACAGACAAGGAAUUGCUGUUUCUGGAAGUUGGAGGAAAACUAAGCUGUUGUACUCUCACAAAUAUUGACACAGAUACAUGUACCUGGGUUAUGUCCCCCUUAACGUCUGUCUUAUGUGCGGAGCCCAUUGUAACAGUUAGCUGUGGCAAGGAACAUGUGCUUCUGUUAGGCCAAAACAGGCAGAUUUACUCUUAUGGUGGAGGCAGUCGUGGACAGUUGGGUCAUGGAGAUGUUGUGUGCCAGAAAGAGCCGCAGCUGGUUGAGGCACUUGCAGGUGUGGGAUUUAGCUCAGUGGCAGCGGGCGGGUGGCACUCGGUGGCAUUAUCAGAUAUUGGAGAUGUGUGGGUUUGGGGGUGGAAUGAGAGUGGACAACUAGGAUUGCCUUGUAAUGGAAAUGACAUUGACAGGAAAAUCCUGCUCAGUAAAUCUACAAAUCCUUCAGAAGCAUGUUUGGAAAAGUGUGAAAAACAAAUCGACAGUGAGAUAGGAACAAACAAACUCCUUGGGGAGUCUUCAUCUGCUUUAUUUGACAGUCUGUCUUCAAGCAACCUCAGCCGUUCUGAUGAGAACCAAUUAAAUGCUAGAAUGCUCAAAGACUGUAUGCCACAGCUGUCAUCAAAUACUACAACAGAUUCUAUUGGUUCACUUUCUUCCAAUCCAAAACCACCAGACAGUAUGGAGAGUCAUGUGUAUGUCCAGAAUUGUGUUGUGUCGUUCGUCCAUGUACAGAGUGAACCUUGUGGCCUUGACCUUUUGGAUACAAGGGUCAAACAGAUCAGCUGUGGAUCUAGACAUACUGCACUUUUAACAGAUGCAGGAGUUGUGCUAACAUGUGGAUGGAACAAGUAUGGACAGUUGUGUCAUGGUGACACAUUGAACAGAGACUUUUUUCGGUCUGUUGAUCUGUUUGUAAAACAGACAUUAGAAGUUACAGACAUUCACUGUGGUCAGUGGAACACCAUUGUCAUCACAGAAAACAAAAUACACAAUGCUGUUCCAACUGGAGAUUUAUCAUCACACCGAUCUUUGUCUUGACAGCAAAUUGAUUUAAAUAUCUACAAAUAAAUUUGGCAAAUUAAUUUUAAAAAAUCACAAAAUCAUAACUACAUGUAUCUACACA